CGUGUCCGGCUGCUGGCUGAGAUCCGCUCGUGUUGCAGCAGCACGCUGUUGUUAGCAGGUCUCAGCGCUACAGAGGAGACACUUUUUUGUGUCUGCAACAUUUAGUUGUAGUAAUCUGCUGCACCGUCGGAGGUGGAGAAGUUCAUUACACUUUUAUCUUAAUUGUACCUGAGCAUCUUUUGGAGCAACUAUUGCUCCGACCACGACAGAGCUCCGUACAGAGGAAUGAAAGUUAACGAUAACUUACCUGCGUCCGAAAAUACGCCGAAAAAGACAAUAGUGUUGUGUCAGGAUGGAGGGCUUACAUUUUGCCCGUCUUUCGUCAAACCGUAGGCCGUCUGUGGGGUCAUUUUCACCCGGUGAAAAUGCUCCUGUCGGGAAAGCUCUGUCCCAGGUGACCGUGAAAAGACAAGCCGUGAAGAGACACCACCACAAACACAACCUGAAGCACAGGUACGAGUUUCUGGAGACCCUCGGGAAAGGAACCUAUGGCAAAGUAAAGAAAGCCAAGGAAAGAUCCGGUAGACUGGUUGCCAUAAAGUCGAUCAGAAAGGAAAAGAUCAAGGAUGAGCAAGACCUGGUUCAUAUUCGCAGGGAAAUUGAGAUCAUGUCCUCACUCUGCCAACCGCACAUCAUCACCAUAUAUGAAGUAUUUGAGAACAAAGAUAAAAUUGUGAUUGUGAUGGAGUACGCCAGCCGAGGAGACCUGUACGACUACAUCUGUGACAAGAGGAACAUCUCUGAACAGGAGGCCAGGCACUUCUUCAGACAAAUUGUAUCAGCUGUGCACUACUGCCAUCAGAAUGGAAUAGUACACCGGGACCUGAAACUGGAGAAUAUUUUACUAGAUAGCAACGGCAAUGUUAAGAUCGCAGACUUUGGGCUGUCAAACCUCUACCAUGGUGAUGAGUAUCUUCAAACCUUUUGCGGCAGCCCUCUGUAUGCUUCCCCAGAGAUUGUCAAUGGACGGCCAUACCGUGGGCCAGAGGUUGACACUUGGUCUCUUGGUGUGCUGUUGUACACUAUGAUUCAUGGCACCAUGCCAUUUGAUGGGAACAACCACAAGGCAUUGGUCCAACAGAUAAGCACUGGAAACUAUCGUAAACCCAAAAACCCCUCUGAUGCAUGUGGGCUUAUCCGUUGGAUGCUGAUGGUAAAUCCUGAGCGCAGAGCCACGAUAGAGGAGAUUGCAGGACACUGGUGGCUCAACUGGGGCUACCAGCAGCCAUUACUGGCUGAGACAAAGAGCAGUCCAGUAGAGCAGACCACUUCACCAGUCUCCCCAUCAACAUCACACCCUGCUGGGCUGGCUAGUGUGGCUAGUUGGCUGCGCCGUACAUCCAGACCUUUACUGGAGAACGGCUCCAAGAUGCGCUGCCUGCUCCGCUCACAGGGCAGCGGAGGGGAUGUAGUCCGGCAGCGCUCACUGCGAAGGUCACGAAAGGAAAACAAUGUCUCCCAGACCAUUCAUGAAGUAAGCACAGACAGUCGCCCCUCUAAGGGUAUUUUAAAGAAACGCAACAGUGUGAAACAGAAGGCAAUGACUGAAACCCCUGCUGUAGGUUCAGCGGAGCCCCAGAACAUUUUGGGUUUGUCCGCACCAGCUAAUGCUCCUUCAGCUGCACCGCUGCCUCGCAAAGGUAUCCUAAAGAAGCCCACAGAGCAAGAGUCAGGGUACUAUUCCUCUCCUGACAACAGUGACUCUGGCUGGGCACCACAAACUAAAGAGUGCCCUUCAGCACCAACCCAUAGGAAAGGCAUCUUGAAGCGCAAUGGAAAGUUUUCCUCCGGUGGCCUGCAAGAGUUUGGCUCUCUGGACCAGCUGGCAGCUUCUUUACCCCACGGAGGCGCUAGGUCGAGACAGAAUGGGGCCAUCAGCGACGACAGCAUUCUGUCUUCGGAGUCCUUUGACCAACUGGAUCUGCCAGACCGCGUAGGUUCUCCAACACAAAUGAAUAAACCAGCCAAAGGUAUCAUGAGAGGAUGUGUGUCUGCUGACAACCUGCUGGACAUUAAAGAAGACGGGAUCCUUCAGAAUGGGUCGCUGAGGCCCUGGAACUGCUACGAGUCUGGAGUGGCCGACAGUGCCUUUUCUAUCACCGACUGUGAUAAUGUAACAGAGGCUUACAAACAGGCCAUGGUUAUACGAGGCUCUGCAGCAAGCUGAAGCCUGGUAAUUGGUAAAGAACACUGACUAAAGACUUAUCAUUCCGAAUGUUUAACUGACCGCAAACUACUGAAUACAUGAUAGCCAAAGUGCAUGAAGUGAAAUUACCAGCACACUGUAGUGACAACCAUUUUGGCCAACUUCAGGAAUUGCACAGUACCAAAAAGGCAGGAGGCUUCUUGUUAAACAUCAGAUUGUAUUUUAGAUGGUGUUUAGUAAAUGUGUUUAUAAAUAGCCUGUGAUUUUGAAUUUGAGUAAAACAGUAUUUUACAAAAAUUAAGCUGCAGUUAAUAGUUAAAUGUCAUUUCAAAGAUCCUCAGGAGAAGAGAGCUGCUGUUGGUCAAUAGGAAGCUGUAAUUUUCAACAUGAGGGCUUACUAUCAAAGUGUAGUUAAUGCAAAAAGUCCAACCAAAACACUGGUCUUCAAAGUCAAGUUUGUUUAACAUUUUUCUCAGUGAUAAUAAACUAAGAAACUGACAUUUACAGUCACAAUAGGACUGUUGCUCGAUGAUUAUUUAAGCCACAAAGUCAGUGCCUUUUAGUGUCGACAGGACAUUUUGAGAAAGUGUUUGACUUAACAGCUCUGUUGGAUUCUAGCUGUGUGAUUUAGAUGAUCAUCUCUCAACCGUAUGUGUAUCUAAGAGAACAGCAGUAACACACAGGUUCAUUGUUUUGGGUUUAGGGUAUACUACAGAUUUUACUGUGCUUGAGGAUAUGGGGGAAAAUGACAUUUCAUGGAUACCAAAGAGCAAAUUUGCUAAUGUCAUUGGACUUUUUUGUUUCUUUAUUUAAAGCACCAGCAAAAAGUGCCAAGAGGAUGUAUGUUUGUAAUAGGGACUUCAGAUCUGAAAGAGCUUUUUAUUUUUAUUUUUUAUUGUUGUCUUGCUCUUGAAAUGACUCGUUAUUUUGGAUAAUGACUUGAAAAAUAAUCAUGACAUAUGAUGCACAUCAUGCGUAACCAGUAGAACCUGGUGCACAGGUGGCCAUUCACUGUGUGUGAAGGUGGCAGUUUGACAGCAAAGGUGUGGCUCAUUCAGUCACACCAUUGUUUUUUUUCAAGGUCACAGAUUUAGGAAAACGGUAACGUGUGUUUAAAAGUGAAACCUUAAGCCCUAGCUAACUACUAUAUGCUGUGUAAAAUGUGUAACCUUUCAACUGAAGAUUCCAGAUCAGUCAUGGAGCUCAGGUGUACUGAAUUUGGGGUGGUAUAGUAUUUGCAUAAAGCUGGAUUAGAAGUGCAGCCAUUUAACUGUCAAAAAAGUAAAAGUUUUAUCCUGGUGACUCAAACGGUAAAACUAACUUGAAUACCAGGUUUAAAAGUAAAAUCAUGAAUUAUGCAUGCUGAUGAUGAUCAUUGAUUAAGCUUGACAGGAUAUCUGGUUUCUACUUCUGCUUUAUUAAAUACCUCCUGGUAAUCGGAGGAAUGUCCACCAUUGCGUUUGUUUCUGUAUGAAAUGUCAUGCUGCACACUGGAGUUACUUAAUUAGAUUGACAUGCUGGCAUUAAAUUAGAACAUCAAGCCAGCGCCUGGAAGGGCACUUCAUCAGACCAUCGCAACCUGAUGACCAUACAAUUUAUUUAUCAGCUAUCGUUGAAGUAUUGAGCUCUGGUAAUAGAAAUUGCACAAGGCAGUACCCAGAGGCUGCAAAACCAUGCUAUUGUUCAGAAACUGGAAUUGUAAAAA